AUGGGUCGUAAUACGUAUGCCCGCAGAAGGUUGAUACUCGGAGGUCCCGUACGCACGGUGUACGACGACUGCUUGCCCACCGCGGCCGACGGCGUUGACAAACGGGAGAACCUCUGUACUAUCGAGGGAUGGACGAAUAUGAGCCAGGAUGAGCGUUACGAUGCCGUGCCGCGCGCGCUCAACAGGAUCUGGAGGUUGAGGAGCGCGGAGGAGUGCUUCAGGCUUCGCCAGAAGUACAACCGCGUCGGGAGGGCUCAUUUCUACUGGAGGCUGCCUCGCCGGACAAUGACGGCGUCGCGUGCCGCUCCCAGCACAUCGCGCUCUGCUCCUACCGGAGACCAACGCGGCGCGUCCCCUGGACAGCCGGCUUCCAUGGCCGCCGAGGACCGUGGCUCGGAGGAGAGCCUGAACCCGCUGAUGUGCAGGGUUUGGCCGGAUGGUACGUUGCUGGUGGCGGGGUGGAAAGCGGACGAGGAGGUUGAGGAGAUGGACGUCGGAUGGGAUGAAGCGCGAGGGGAGGUGUACUGCUGUGCGGAUUGCAUGGAUUGCAAGGAGAGCGUUAGGGAGGACGGGGUGCUGGUGGACGCUCACGGGGUGCCGAAAAAGUCGACGGAUGAGCUGUGGAGGGAGUGGGCCGUAGUGUGGUAUGCGGAGUGGGUGGAGAGGUAUGGGAAGGAGUUCGAGUGGCCGACGUAUGACCAACGCGAUGACGGCGCUGACGACGACAACGACAACGACUAUGGCAGCAGCAGCAACAACAGCGACGACCGCAGCAACGACGACAACAACGACCACAGCAGCGACGGCAGCUGCAGCGAGGGUGGUAGCUUGGACAGCGGCGACGGCAGCGGGUACAUCAGCGACGGCAGCGAGGGCGGUAGCGAAGGAGGCGCCUGCGGCAAUAAGCAAGCAGAGGACGAAGACGGUAACGACGGCAGGGACGAGAUUGCUGUAGGAGUCAAGCGAGGGGGGGAGAGCGAGGGAAGGGACAGUAAGCGCAGGAGACUUGGCUAG